CUAGGCAAACCGAGGCUCGCUGCUCGCGCGUUACGUUCAGUGUUCCUUCGCGCUUCGGCCAAAGACUCGUAUACGCCUCGUGUCACGCAACCCGUCUUCUUUCCCCUUCGCUACGAACCCCUCCGGGAGAGCAGGAGAAAGGAUUUCGAGAGAGCCCGCCGAGUCGAAGAGGAAAAGAGACCACCGCGAAACGCGAAGCAUCGCGAGCGCAUAAUCAUACGCCACCAUUAAGCAGCACGAGCUUCCUGAAUUUCCCGCGGUCGACGGUGCACCACGACUGCUGCGCGCGUCGUCACUCUGCGCCGACCGGACGAUUUCGACUCGAGCCGUGUGUGUCGUCGUUGUCGUCGUCGCGCGGCAUUCGACUACGUUCGAUUGCACCUUCGAAAUCGUCGCUGCUCGUUUUACAUUUGGAUCUGUCGCAACUAUGGCUGCUUCCUCCUCGAUCGUCCGUGAAAGCACGGUUACCGGUAGUGCGCGCGUGUAGAACCGCCAUUGUCGAAUCGAAGACGAGACAAUUCUCUAUCGAUACGUAUCGAUGCGUUGCGCGCGCAUUUCCCGAUCGGUCUACCGUGAGUCGGGCGCGACGCGAGCUCGUCGCGUUUGAGGACGUUCUCCUCUUUGUUUUUCCCUUUCGAUCAACCGCCAAAGGUGGCCGGAAGCCAUCGUGCGCGCGCGCGCGCCAACGGACCAAAAGUUUGUUUACGUUUUCGGUGACUCGGAAGUAUAGCGGAGUACGUCCAAGUGGAAACGGAAAGCAGGAAACGGGCUAGAGGGAUACGGAACUGUUGUUAGUAGUAGAGUGUGUGCGAAGGAGACCGGUGUGCGUCGAGAGAGGACGUCCAGCCUGUGUCGUCUGUCUUUCCUUCCACGUCCGACUUCGUCUCGAGAUCGAUCUACGAAGGGGAAUCAAAGUAGCGCGUAAAUCGAAAGAGGGAAAUCUGCGGAGCAGAAAAAGAAGGAGGCGAAAAGUGGGGACGUUUCAGAGGUGGUUUUGGAUGUUAGAAAGCGCGGGGGUGGCUAGAGAGGCCCCGCCGCAGGGUACGGGUCCCGAUGCCGGUCCCCGUAUCGCAAACCCUUACGCUAACCUCCACCCUCGUGCCCAAGGAGGAGUCAAACAUGCCCUUCAUAGACGACGAGCUACUUUGGUGCCCUGACAAUGACGGCAAAAUGGUCGACUUAACGCAAUGUCUCCAGGAGAGCAGUACAGGGCAAUCGGUAGAAUUUUCCCCGAUGGAAUUGAGUGCCCUCGUCGGGACGCCGGCUGCUCCAAAUAUGCCGGCGGAAGAGGGCGAAGGAAUGGCUGGUGUCACAGGGGAAGAACCCUUUGACACGCUAGACACAUUCCUUCGAGAACUGCAAGCUGAUUUGGCUGAAGCCAGUCAACCCACGUCUACUACAACUUCCGUAACCCCUUCCUGUAGACGGCAAAGGUACAAUAUCGCAGCCGCCAAUCCUUUGUUAGCAGAAAAAUUAGCAGCUCCCUCGUCGCAAGCAUCUCCGACAUCUAUCCCGUACGCAACGAGGGCGGAAAUCAAGACGGAAAGUAUCCAGCCGGAAACGAGUAAAGUGGACACCAGGGAGGUUCAGCCACACGAUGCGAACGAGAAGGAACAACUGGGCCUGGCGAGCGUGAAAGCGGAACCAGGAUCGACCGGUACGACGACGACCACCACGGGCACUCGUCUGCUGCACGGUAUUCUCUCGCAGCAUCCCCAGCAGCACGGAUUAGGGGUGCAAAACGGAUACGGCCGCCACUUGGCCGGCCACGCUCAGAUGGGCCAACCGUCCUACACCACUGCCACGAUCGCCACCACCAGUACACCAGGAAGCGGAUCACUGCCAGCCAGCCCCGCGGACAGCGGAGUCAGCGACGUCGAGUCCAGCACGUCCUCGGGCGGUAACGAGGACGCGAAUCUCUUACUGAAAGCCAGGCUCAACCCUAACUCGUCCCUUCAGCCAAGUCUAGCGUCCCAUCAUUCUCACUUGUCGUCAGCAGCGCUUGGCAGGUCAGCCUGUCACAGUCCUGGCGUUUAUCCGUCGACGGCGAGCUUUCUGCCGCCCUCCUAUCAUCCUCAUCAGCAUCAUCCCUCCCAGUACCAUCCGCACAGAGGGAGCUCGCCUCACCAUCAACACGGCAACCACGCGAUGGGCCCGACAAUGGGACCGCCCCACCAUCAUCACCACCAUCAAACGCAGAGUCUGCAGCACUUGCAUUAUCGUCAGCCUCCUACACUGUCCGAGAGCUACAGUAGUUACGUGAAUUCGAUGUACGCUAGCGGGGCCCAAUUCGCUACCCCCUGCACCCCUAGUCCACCACGGGGGCCCGGUGGUGUUCCGACAAGCGUGAUUCAAGCUGCAACCAGCUCGGUUUCCGACGACCUGUACCUGCUGGAAUUAGGUUUCCCCCCGAGAUCGAAAAAGAACAAACUGAAAAAACCGCGUCAAGGGGAUGGCGCCGCAGUGAAGAGGAAAUCUCGGGAGGGCUCGACGACGUAUCUGUGGGAGUUUCUGUUGAAAUUGCUACAGGAUCGAGAGUACUGCCCCCGAUACAUAAAAUGGACGAAUCGCGAACGAGGUGUCUUCAAACUGGUGGACAGCAAGGCGGUAUCUCGUCUAUGGGGUUUGCACAAGAAUAAACCGGAUAUGAACUAUGAAACGAUGGGCCGAGCCCUGCGUUAUUAUUACCAGCGCGGUAUCCUGGCAAAAGUCGACGGACAGAGGCUGGUCUAUCAGUUUGUGGACGUGCCGAAAGAUAUUAUAGAAAUUGACUGUACCGGCGCGUGAGACAGGGUUCGACCUUCGAGGGAACAGCAGCACGAGAGGCGAGCUGUACGGGAAACUAGUGAUUCGUGUAUUCGUGCCGCGAUCUUUCGCGGGAACACAUCGUUGUCGUCAUCAUCGUUCUUGUCGAGCAGCUCUUCCUGCCACAAUGUGCCCACUUGGCACACCCCUCAGACGAUUUAAAGCAUGCCCUCUCUCUGACUUCGUUUGUUCCUUGUAUUAUAAAUAUAUACUUAUAGAGAUAUGUAUAUUAAAACGUGAGGAGCGCGUGCGCAUGCGCACGGACGCUCCCGCGAGAGGAUGAAUGUUUUGUUUUUGUCGACGCGACAGCU